UGACUCGGUAAACAUGGACUCUAUUAAAAGACAAGUAUCAUUUAUUAAGAUGUCUUGCAUCUUUACACUGGCGACGAGGAUCAGGUCAUAGACAAAUAUGGGGAAGACAAUUAUCUGCACGACACCAUAGUCCUGGGUUACUAGUUUCGACGGAAUUUAGUCUAUAACUUCAGACUGUUUGCAUGUGCGACCGCGAAAGUAAACCGUUUUCUGACGAGUUUGACCCUGACUUCACUAAGCCAACAAUAAACUACAAAUUAUACUACAGACAUGAUUAAAAGAGGACCCACGCGUAUUGUACUGAAGUUGGAAGAUCUUGAGGAGUUCGAUAACAUUAAAAAGGAGCUAGAACAAAAAAGAAGAGUGGAACAAGUUGUGGGCUUGAGCCCAACUGAAAAGAACGGACAGGCAGGCACAUCCAACGGGGCAGCGGCCCACCAAGAAACUGUAGUUCCCGCUGGCGAGGUCGUUGACGCGAAGACCCGCGAUGAAAGGAUUCGUGCACGGAUUGGAUUCGAUCCCAGACCUGUUCCAUCUACUUCAAGUCGAAUUGGAGAAUUUAGAGGUGGCGAGUGACUCUACUUAUUAGGCAUAAUUUGGAUUUCAGAAGCAACCUGGAUCAUGCUGGUUGGAUGCAGAGAACAGAUGUACAUGUGGGAUUAUGAAAUACUCACAGACCUUGUCCAGCGAGAUCAUACACGACACGUCCAAAUUUGCCAUUCUACUGCAAGCAUGAAGCACAAUUCUGGCAGUGCUACCUGAUGUUUGAGUCUUGGACAGGUGUUGACAUAGGAUCCAUGGUCUAUGAUGGAUCUUGAUGUAUAUGGUUGAGAUGCUGAAUUGAGUUCGAACACGUGUAAAGAUUUGUAGAGCCUCAAUUAAAAGAUGUUUCUUUAUGAAAUAACGCUCGCCAUUCAAAAGUUGAUCCUAAUUUCUGCUGAUACUAUACUAAGAAGAAGAGUUAUGUUCACAGACUUCACCCCUAAAACCAGGUUGGAGAAUACAUAGAUGCAUUUAACCAUGUCAAUGAUGUUCUCUUGUGGAUAACUUUUAUGGCCAUGCGUCUCUAAAAUUAUUCUUAUCUCAAAAAUGAUAUCAAGAGACAAGAUGAUGGGUGAUUCAGUCAUAAUUCUGUAGAAUACGUAGCAACAAAAUCUAUAGUCCUACAUGUAAUUUUAGAAUUUAACUCAAAUUCAUUAAUGUAAAAUGUAUCAUUUAACAUUUUAAGUUUAAUAUUCAUGUGGAAAAAUUUAAUACUAAUGAUUUUUUUUAGUCCACAAAUUUGUUUCCCAAUCCAGUAACUUGUUAGAUAUCUCGAUGAGUUGAAUGGAUAAAGAAAUGUCUAUGUAUUACUUUGGAAUGUAUUGUUGACAACGUGUAAUUAUGAAAUAACUUGACUAUAAUUCCUCUGAGAUUUAGAUUUUAAAUUUUAUUAGGGUCAGUGAACCCACUUGCUUGAAAAUUCCAAAGCUAUAAUUUUAUGCUUAUUUUCUGUAAUGAUUUGUUAGAAAUUGUUCUUUCAUGAAUACAGUCAAGUCAGCAUUUUAAAGUCAACAUGAUUCUAGUCAUGGUGGUGUUUCACAGUCACAUGUAAGUGUGACUUAGGGUUCAUGCUUCAACGCUAAUGCGCACAUGGUAUUUAACGCGUAAUCUGAGUGAUGGAUAUGCAGUAGUGCGCGCCCUGUGUGCAUGAUCUGACCAAUGCAGUGAUGCAUUGUAUAACGCACGCAACUGAACUUCUAAGGGAUGGUCCGGGCUGAAAGUAUUUAUAGCUUAAUAAAUAGAGUAGAAUUCACCGAGCAAAAU